GCCCUCAGAAGGAUCGUAGCCAUGAAGGAACAGACAUAUGGGUGGUAUCCGUCUGUUCAGGAUAUUUAUAGACCUAAAGGGAGACCAUCAUCCUACCACCUCGAAUGCCUCUACAAAUAUGGAAACUCCAUGUACUACCAGUCGAAGGCUGUACCCCCAGCACCGGAACUGCUGGUCAGGGGCGUUUCCGGGGCGUCGCCACCCCCCACACCCCAAGAUCUCAGAAGAUCAAAAUCUGUACCCAUCCCCAAGUUCACAAAAAGCACCAAGAUCCACAUACCAACACCAUCCGAGUGCUGGGCGGCGCACCGGAAGUUACAAGAGACACAAUGGGGCGUGGCCAACGACACGACAGACUUCAGUUCAAGGCCGCCAACGGAGAUGUGCUGGCCCCUACCCAAGGAGAAACAGCAGGAGAUGCUCAACCAACAGAGACAGAUGCAAACAGCUCCACAGAAUGCGUGGGGUCUCAGGUCGAAAACAUCCCCAGAUUUAUACGGCUCAGGUUCUGUUUUAGAAUGGCCAGCAGCGCAUCACAACAAAGAAGAGCGCCCAGAUUCAGCAAGGGUAACGGUCGAGAAGAUGUCACGUGACAAGAAAAGCAGACCAGCUACAUCUUUCGUCAGGUCAUCACAAGGCAACCAGAGACCUACAACAGCCAAACCUGCUGUAGUGCCAGCGCCCCCUAGUGGCAAAAAUACUCAUCGCUAA